AUGAUUCGAACACCUAUUAAGACACGAAGUCUUGCUCGCGCAGAGCGCGAUGCAAAAACAGAUGUCAUUAGACUAUCUAAGUCUUCGCCCCCGCACUCCAUGACCAUCCGACCUGCGGACACGACGUUCGUCGCCGGUAGCAGCCAUAUGGAAACACCGCAGCACAUCGAUGUGCCGCACCCGCUACCAGCGCACAGCAUGUUGUCAAAGUCUUCGUCUGCCCUAAGGAAAAGGUUGGAAUAUGAGCGCGCUAUUGAAAAGGCCAAGAUUGCUAACGAGUUGAUAGACCUGAAGUAUGAGGCUGAUCUAGCCGACCUAAAGUCCGAGAAAUACAGUUCACACCAGAGUGGUAUAACGUCACGUCACAGCUCCCACAUUAGUAACGCUAGCAAGAGCACACGUCAAAAUAUCGAAGACUGGAUAGAGCGAAGCUCGCAAGAACUUGAUCCGUUGCAGCGCGCCCCCGAGGAUGUUGAUAACCCGCGCGACUGCGACCAGCCGGCAGCUUCCGACGCCGACUCGAACGGUACGAUCAAAUUGAUUGCAACUGCAGUUAAAAAUUUGACACUCGCUUCCACUAAAGAUAAGUCACACGACAACAUUUUGAGCCGCAUGUGUAUGCCGCGAGAUUUACCCAAGUUUUCCGGCGAUCCGCUCGAAUGGUUACAAUUUAAACAAGCGUUUGAGGAGUCUACUGAAGUAUGUAAAUUUACCCCGAAGGAAAACUUAUGGCGAUUACGUAAGUGUUUACAUGGACAAGCUAAAGAAACCGUGUCAGCCCUGCUUAUGUCCGCCGCCUCGCCUGAUCGCAUCAUGGCGACACUUGAACUUCGUCACGGCGACCCCGAAUGUAUAAUAAGCAGACUUAUUCACGACAUUAAGAAGCUUCAGCCCAUGUCCCAAGAGUACCAGAAAGACAUUGUCAAUUUUUCUGUCAAAGUUCAAAACUUUGUCGAGUCUGUGAAGGCAGUGGGGCGCGAGGAGUAUGUACAAGGUCUCAGUAUUGUACCACUGCUAAUUUCAAAGAUACCACCAGUCCUUGUCUCUAAGUGGUCUGACUACAGCUUCCCAUUGAUUAAGGAGGAAGGAAAGUCACGAUUGUCCAUAAUGUCCGAUUUUCUGAACACCGAAGCUGUCAAGAUCGCUACGACUGCUAACGUCAAUCUACAAAAUUAUCGCCCUGAGCAAAAUAAACAAAAGCAACACGAUACUAUUACGAAAGUUGCACCAAAAGCGCAAGCAAUACUGUUGCAAACUGACCAACGUGACAACACAGAGAAGAACGAUAAGUGCUCAUUUUGCCGCACUCAAUAUCAUAAGUUGCCUGAUUGCAAGAAGUUUAAACGCGCCUUACGUAAAGACAGAUGGCGCCACGUUAAGAAGUAUGGACUUUGCUACAAAUGCAUAUCGCAACGUCACGACCGCGAGACUUGUUCUGCCCCUUUGUGCGACAAAGAUGAUUGUGGAGGUGCACACCAUAGUCUACUACAUUACGAAUAUAUCGGCAAAGACGGCGAUACUUUAACUUCUCGCCCCGUCGAUGUAAAUGUCAGCGCCUUGCCGCAGCCCGAGUCAAACAUAGUCACAGAGCCUACAACAUCGAGUUCUACGUCAUCGCCUGUAACUGAAGCUGCGACAUGCUCUAUAGAUACUGAAAAGCAUGUACUAUUGAAAGUAGUUCCUGUCAACAUUCACGGGCCGAACGGCGUGUUUAGUACGACUGCAUUUUUGGACGACGGGUCUACAGUUUCAUUACUCAGCGUGGAGCUGGCGGCGCGCGCCGGCCUCUCCGGCCACAACGAGACCAUGCGCGUGUGCGGCGCCUGGAAGAACGACGAACUCGUACGCGAAGCAACUGUUGUCAAUUUACAAUUAUGUUUAGGGCAGGAUGAUGAGCCGUCAGCAACACGUACCCCCUUAGGUUGGUGUAUACACGGGCCGGUACACGUGCCACGCGCGCCGCGGGCUGCACGCCCCGCGCACUCGGCGCACGCUACGCUCCACUUGUGCGUGGUGUCUGAGGAAGACGCCGUCGCGCACGCCCUGCGUGAGCUACACGACGAGGUACGCCGCUCGUUUGCCAUCGACUCUUUGGGUGUUGCAGGUAAGCCUAGAGAGAAUGUUGACGAUGUGAAAGCGCAGGAAAUGUUAGACAAGUCUGCAGUGCUCAUCAAUGGCAGGUGGUCAGUGGGUCUACCAUGGAAGGAUCCGCACGUCAGCUUGCCCGAUAGUUACCCUAGCGCCUUUAAGCGGUUACAGGGUGUAGAAAAAAAGAUGCGAGCUGACAAAGCUUAUGGACUCAGGUACGAGGAACGUGUCAACCAUUUGUUUGAAAACGAUUUCGCUCGCGAAAUGGCCGACACGUCACUCACGACCAAUACGUGGUAUUUACCACAUUUUGGAGUCGACAAUCCUAACAAGAAGAAGCUGCGUUUGGUUUAUGACGCAGCAGCUAAAAGUCAAGGAAAGUCCCUCAAUGAUUUUCUUCUAACGGGACCGGACUUACUCGCUUCCUUGUUCGGCAUUAUGGUUCGUUUUCGAGAGGAUAGGGUAGCAGUAACCGGUGACAUAAAAGACAUGUUUUUGAGAAUAAAAAUCAAUCCUGUAGAUCAAAACGCCCUCAGAUUCCUGUGGAGAGGUAGGAACCCCACAGGUCCAGUGAAGACAUACGCGAUGACGUCGCUGAUUUUCGGCGCGAACUGCUCUCCAUUCAUUGCGCAGUACAUAAAGAACAAGAACGCUAGCAGGUUCGAGUCUACGCUUCCAGCUGCCGUCGCUGCUAUACACAACCAGCACUACAUGGAUGACUAUAUCGAUAGUCUGCCGGACGAAGCUUCCGCCAUCGAGAUGGUAAAGAAUAUUCGAGAUAUUCACAGCGCCGGAGGUUUCGAAAUCCGCAACUGGACGUGUAAUAGCGCAGCCGUGCUCGACACUAUACCUAAGGAUGUUUUAGGUGAUACAGCUGUGAAGUUAGGACAGGACGAACAUGACGAUGGUGAGCGGACUCUUGGUCUGAUAUGGUACCCUGCUAAGGAUGAACUAGGGUUCGAUGUGUCAUUCAAGCGCAUUCCUGAUAGCGUCAUCAAAGGCGAACAAAGACCUACCAAGAGGGUUAUGCUACGUGUCAUUAUGUCAAUCUUUGACAUUUUCGGGUUUUUGUCACCUUUCACUACACAGGGUAAAGUUAUGCUGCAGGACACCUGGCGUCUCCAUAUCGACUGGGACGAUGUUAUUCCAGACGAAUUAUAUAAAAAAUGGUGCAGUUGGUUGGAAUUACUGAAACUUAUUGGAGAAAUUCGUCUGCCAAGAUGGUACCAGUCGUGCGCUGUCAAGUGCAAGAUGGGAGAAGAAUUGACAGCAACUCUACCAGGCUCUUCUGUUCAUGCCGCGACUCAGCAAAGCUACAACGACUUAGAGCUACAUCUAUUUAGUGAUGCCUCACUUAAGGCUAUGUCAGCUGUCGCAUACUGGCGUUGGAAGAGUAACAACCAAAUAUUUGUCUCGUUUGUUGCCAGCAAAAGCCGCGUUUCGUCGGUGAAACCUCAAACUGUGCCACGAUUGGAACUCCAAGCUGCGUUGUUAGCAGCUCGACUCGCUGACUCGCUAGCGAAAGCACAUCGUUUGAACAUCACUCGGCGGCACUUCUGGUGUGAUUCAAGUACCGUGCUACACUGGAUAGGCAACAACACUCGUCGAUACAAAACAUUUGAAGCUAACAGACUUGGCGAGAUCGACGAACUGUCAAAACCCUCUGAGUGGAGAUAUGUACCCACAGGACUGAACGUGGCGUCUUUUCUCAACGAGUGGUUCAAGGGACCUGAGUUUUUGUACAGCGAUGAGACUUUUUGGCCAGCGAAUGUCCUGGAACCUGAAAAUGAAGUCACUGCUCAAGCUUGUAUGACCGUAGUACAAAACUCACGUACAUGUUUCCCGGUUCCUGACCCUGAGCGCUUCCCCUCGUUUCUGCGAUUUCUGAGAACUACUGCUUGUGUUCUAAAGUUUAUUCACAAAUGCAGAGGAAUUGCCCUUGAUGACUACGCCCUGAUGCAGAAGGCAAAACAACUAAUCUUGCGGCAGGCUCAAGAGGAUUCCUUCGCUAGUGAAAUACAAGCAGUCAAGGCGGAAAAAGAGUUGUCACGCGAUAGUCGACUGAGAAAUCUAUCUCCCUACUUGGACGAGAACAAUGUCUUACGCGUGAGCGGCCGCAUAGAUGCUGUUUGCGACGUAUCCCAGGAAGCUAAAAGACCCAUUAUUCUUGACGGGCGGCAUCCUACUACUCGGCUCUUGGUCAAGCACUACCAUGUGAAGGCUGCACACGGACACCAAGAAGCGGUAGUGAAUGAUCUAAAACAAGAAUACUGGAUAAUCCAGCUUCGACCUACCGUGAAAAAUGUUGCGUCUCGUUGCAUGCUCUGCAGGUUAAGAAAGGCUACCCCUCAGGUGCCUCGGAUGGGUGACUUACCUCAAGCGCGCAUGGCGCAUCAUCAACGUGCUUUCACCUUUUGCGGGAUCGACCUGUUUGGGCCUAUGGAAGUCACCGUAGGCAGACGUCGAGAAAAACGCUACGGCGUUUUAUUUACCUGUCUAACUGUUCGUGCGGUCCACAUAGAAGUUGUCCACACACUUACUACGGACUCACUGAUUAUGGCACUUCAACGUAUGGCGUCUCGACGUGGAUGGCCGUCGCACAUUUAUUCCGAUAACGGCACGAACCUACGCGGAGCAGACGUCGAACUGCGAAGAUCCAUCCAAGAGCUCGACAAAGAGUAUCUAAGGGCCGCUGCUCUUAACAAUCAAGUUCGUUGGACCUUUAUCCCCCCCGCCAGUCCCCAUUGGGGUGGGGCGUGGGAACGCUUGAUUCGUACCGUAAAGCGAUCUCUUCGUGUCAUUUUAAAAGAACGAGCGCCUCGAGACGAGACUCUGAACACCCUGCUAGCGGAAGUGGAAGGGAUAGUCAACGGUCGACCAUUGACACACGUGUCGGUAGAACCGGGAUCAUCUGAAUCGCUAACGCCCAACCAUUUCCUUAUUGGUUCUUCAUCCAGAUUGCCAGUUCAUGGCGUAUUUGACGAUUCGGACUUAGCUUUAAGAAAGCAAUGGCGAAUAGCGCAGCGAUUGGCCGACAUGUACUGGAAACGCUGGAUGAAGGAGUUCCUCCCACUUUUAAUACCGAGAAAGAAGUGGCAACAGGAGCAGAAGUCACUGAGUGUCGGUGACCUUGUGCUCGUCGUUGACCCUGAUUCCCCUCGAAACGUUUGGCCACGGGGCCUCAUAAAGAGUGUCCUGCCUGGAAAAGAUGGUCGCAUCAGAGUAGUCGAUGUCAGCACCGCUACUGGUGUACUGCGCCGGUCGGUGGCGCGCGUGGCUCCUGUACCAUUAGUUGAUUAG